AUGUUACUACGUUCGCUCCUUAAUAACAAUCAUACCAAACCAACCGCAUCAAGUGUCUCUGUUGUUACAAAAUGCUUGUCUCGUUUUAAUUCCAGUUCCACACCAAAAAUAGCAUGUAGUACUUCCAGUAAAACACAUCCUACAGAAGAAAGCUCCAAAGUUUUGCGUCAUUUACAUUUUUCUAAGCCUGGUAUACCGUUCAAUAAUGGCUUAGAAAUACAAGAACAAAUUGUUCGAGCCCAAUUGGAUAUGAAAAAAAUCGAGUCUGGAAUUUACAAAAGGUUAAAUGAACUACAUAAAAAUAACCUUGAUGUAAAUAGUUAUGAAAAAGAAUUAUUAAAGAAUAUUCUAGAUAUGAAACCAAAUCCAGUAAUCUUGACUUUUGAAUUUGAAUCAACUUAUACUGCUGGUAAAAGAGUUCGUAAACAAAUUACAGAAGCUGAGAUUAAGGCCUAUGAAAAUUUUAGGCCCCAAGGAUCUUCGUUAUCUGAAAGCCCGACAAAGUUUAUACAACUAGAUAGGGGCGGUCAAAUUACUUAUCAUGGGCCUGGUCAAAUGGUUGCCUUUAUGAUUUUCGAUUUAAAGUCAUUUAAUAAUUUCCCCGCUAGAUGUUUUGUUAAUGGUAUUGAAGAAGCUACCAUAAAUUGUUUUGAUCAGCUAGGUAUAAAAGCUGAAAGAACCAAAAAUACAGGGGUAUGGUCCAAGACAAACGCUGGGAAAUUGGCUAGUAUUGGAGUUCAUGUUAGAAGGAACAUCACUUCUCAUGGCGUUUGUAUAAAUGUAUCUCCCAAUUUGGAUUAUUUAAAUCAUUUCGUAAUGUGUGGGUUACCUGAUGCUAAAGCAACUUCAAUAGCUGAACUACAACCAAAGGGUGACAAGACACCUAGUGUAGAUGAGAUAGCAAUGCUGUUUACUAACAAGAUGGCCAAGGUUUUGGGUAUUAAUAAAGUUGAAAGAAUACUAAUAGAUUCACACACUUUAGAAUAA